AUGGCCACUGGGUCGGUGCUCCUGUGGCAAUGUGUGUCGCAGUCACUGUCGGUUUUGCACGUUCCUCUCAAGCGGCACGAAUCAUCAGGCACAGUGGAUACGCUGUUCGACUUGCAAGAAAUCAGCGCCGAGAUUCGAGAAAAGACUUCACAUGUGCCUGGCGUUUCGAUUGCAAUCAUGGGCUGCAUUGUAAAUGGACCAGGAGAAAUGGCAGAUGCUGAUUUCGGUUAUGUAGGCGGUUCUCCCGGAAAAAUCGACCUUUACGUUGGAAAGACGGUGGUGAAGCGUGGGAUUGCCAUGACGGAGGCAACGGAUGCUCUGAUCGGUGAUCAAAGAACAUGGUCGUUGGGUCGACCCGCGGGUGGCUGA